AUGUACCAUAGUAUUUUAUAUAUUUAUUUGAUUUUUACCAUCGCCAUGAAUAGUGAAUAUUUACAUACUCGUAUUUACGGGUUUUCUAUUUCAUUUUUAUGCAUUUUAAUGCAGAUUCCACAAAGUUCAAGUCAAAUUAUUUCAAGUAAUACGACAGCAAGUAAUGAGAAUUCAAAUGAAAUAAAUGACAUUACUCACUUACAUAAAAGUAUGUACUGCAGAUUUCAAGCAAAUCAUUAUCAAUGUGGUCGACCCCGGAACCCUUUAAGAUACUACUGGGAUGUUCACGGCCAGUCUUGUCAACGUUUCUACUAUGGGAACUGCCAUAUUAACUACAAUAGUUAUCAUAGCAUACCGAGCUGCAAGAAUGAUUGUGAAGAGUACGCGCACGUCCCUACAUUCACAAAUGUCACAGCAAACGUAUUUUGCUUUUUCCAACCUGAGUUUGGAAAUUGUAACUCGUAUUAUCCCAGGUGGUAUUAUGACAUAAAUGAAAUGAAAUGCAAAGGUUUCUCAUUUAGCGGCUGUGGAGGAAACCAUAACAGAUUUGAUUCGGCCAAUGAUUGCAUGCUUGCAUGUAGUGAGAUAGUCAACCAUCACAAUCGCGACGGUAGUCCAAUACCUUAA